AUGGGGGCUAGGCAGAGCACUAACAAACAUGAGAAAGACAGCACAACUGAGUCGAAAGAAAGUAUCGGUCCUGGGGAAUUGAGGACUCCGUCUCGUCUCAAAUCAGGAAUGCAGGCUCGAGAAAGCACUGAGAAACAUGAGAAGCACAGCACAACUGAGUCGGAAACAAGUAUGAAACCUUUCAAAUCGUUCAAUCCCAAAGCAAUCAAGCUUGAUGUUAACAAUUCAUCAAGUGACGCAUACGAAGAAGGCUUACUUGCUAGUGAUAGCUCAUCUGGUACAUCUACAAGUUCAAGUUCUAGAAUUGUCAUCAAGUUAUCUGCCGAACGUUUAAUUUCGCAAAAAGGAUUGAGGAAAGAAUACCUUAAGGAAUGCUAUACUAAAUAUGACCGCUUUGAACUUCAAACUUCGUACUUGGAAUUUCGUGUGAAUUUAAGUGAGCUCGAGCACGAGUUUGGUAAAAAAGUAGCAAGGCAAAAAACAAGUAUUUCAGAGUAUUCUUUCGGUCACAUUCGCCAGUCACUGCUAGGCCGUGUAUACAAUGAAAAGUUAAUCUACGAUGCAAUAAUUGAAGCUGGUGUUGAUGUCAACAAACCUGAUAAGGAUGGCAAAACAGCUUUGCUCCAUGAUGUAUGGGAUGUAAAGGUAACCCAUGCACUAAUUAAAGCUGGUGCUGAUGUCAACAUAACUGAUAAUGAUGGCAAAACAGCUUUGUUCUUUGCUGUGGACAAUGAAAAAGUAAUCCAUGCACUAAUUGAAGCUGGUGCUAAUGUCAACAUAACUGAUAACAUUGGAAAUACACUCCUGAUUUGUGUUUUUGACAAUUCAAGGACGGUUAAUAGCAAAAAGUGUGAAGUUCUCCUAAAAAGUGGAUCAAGUUUAUGUGAAACAACUAAGAAACAAGAAUCAAUUUUUCAUUUGGCUCUAUAUAUUUACCAAGACAACAUUUUCAGUUCAGAACUUGGUGACCUACAGAAACACUCCAUUUGGUUUGAUAUUAUGGAUGCCUUGAAACUUGUUUCCAAAUCAGGCGAGAGUAAAGUGGCUGUCAAUAAGCGAGACAUGCAUCUCAAUUCACCACUUCACCKGUGGGCAUCUUUUCAWUUGGYCYCACCACUURAAUAUYRUAMWRACGUGUGUCAUGGAUACAGCUUUAAAGAUAUGUUAAAGCGUGUCUUGGAUGUACUUGUAAGCUGUGGAAUAAAGCUAAACUACAGUAAUGAACAAGAACAGACCCCAUUGCACGUGUGCAAGACUUGGACUGCUGUGGAGCUCUUGUUAGACGCUGAUGCAAAGCCAGAUGUUACAGACUUAUCUGGAUGCACACCUCUUCUUACCGCUGUGAAGAGCACUAAAUGCCUCGAGAAAGAUUCAAAAUGUUUCUUUCCUGAUGUUGAUCAAACUCCAGAUGAGUUCUGGAAAGAAGUUCUCAACAGGAGACUUGAUCCAUGGACUGCUGAUAAGGAUGGAAAUUCCGUUUUAAGCAUCCUAGUCACGGAAGGAGCUGAAUGUCUUACCACAGCCUUGAUUGAAGCUGCAUGUCAUCUUAAGUGUGUGCAGUCAGAUGCAAUUGGAGUGCCUCUGCUCAUUACCAUUUGUAAAGACAAGUCCGUGGACAAAGAAUGGAAAGUUGAUCUUGUCAAGACCUUGCUAAAAUAUCGAAAGAGUCUUGCUCAUACAAGUUUGAGCAACAAAGACACUGCUCUGCAUAUUAGUUGCAAGAACAUGUUGGAGCUAACUGAAGAAAGUGUCAAGACUUCCGUGCAUUGGAAAAUUGCUCAGCAUCUCAUUUUGUGCGGAGCUGAUGUUAAAUCUGCUGAUAAGGAGGGCAAAUCCUGUUUGGACAUAGCAGAAAGCUGUCCAGAUCUCAAAGAACUUUUGUCAACGCCUGUCAACAUUGAACAAGUGCCUCCUCUGAUUGACUUAUGGAAGGUACCAAACAAGGUAUCAGGGAAGGUUUCAAAGACACAUCAAGGCCAAUUAGCAAAGGUUGCAAGAGGCUUUGAUUCUCAUCAAAUUGAGACAGUUUUUUAUUUCAAGGAAGCCUUAGACAAUGGAACGUUUGGUCUGGUGUUUGUGGGAAUGAACAUAGAAGAUGGAAAAGAAGUUGCUGUAAAGAGAAUUGAAGCAAUGAGGGUAGAUAAGGAAAACAUCACAAAAGAGAUUGAAUAUCUUAAAUUGGUCUUGAGCUGCAGCAAUAACGUCAUUCAGUGUUUGCUAUGUACCAAUGAUGAAGAUUUUUUAUAUGUGAUCUUGGAGCUGAUGGAAGGGAAUCUUGACGAUCUACUCUCAGAGGAGUGCAAUUUUGUCAUCGAUCAAGAGAUCAAGCUUUGUAGAGAUAUUUGCACAGGACUAGAUUAUUUGCACGAUCUUGACAUCAUACACAGGUGUAUAAAACCAAGUAACAUUCUCUACCAAGGGAUUCAUUCAGAAAUGAAACUGAAGCUUGCUUUCUUUGGUUUAAGAAGCCAGAUGUGUAAGGAGCAGCAUACCUCUGCAUUUACAGAUACAUAUGAAUCUCUAACUAAGGUGAGAUGCUGGAUGGCACCAGAAGUGUUGCAAUCACUGAGUCAUUCCAAGUCUUCUGAUGUUUUCUCAUGUGGACUUGUGAUCUAUUACCUCCUUACUAACAAGAAACAUCCUUUUGCUCGUCGUGGAUCUAGCAAAGAAAGCUUACUAGCAGUAAGUAUUGAAACCGUUGAAAACAUUGCUCAAGAUAAAAUAGAACUGGAUGAAACUAUAUCAUCUGAUGCACAUGACCUUCUGCAAGGAAUGCUUGAUCACUACAAGUGCAAGCGUAUAAAUAUUUCAAAUGCAUUGGAACAUCUGUUCUUCAAGUAAA